AUGCCUGAUUCGGGGAGACUGAAUCACUCUACUCCAGCACAAGUACUCCCUCCUCCCCCCCCACCUCUACCACCAAGUCGAGCCAUCUCCCAUCGUCCCGGAGUUCUACAACGUUUUAUCGCUCCUCUUAGUCUCGGCCUAACCCAGCGCCUUCCCAUCGGCCAAGGACAUCAAUCAUCAGGCGCACGGACUCAAGAUGAGCCGACACGGCUGCAUACCUACACACCCUUGCUUGUGCAAACUGUAGCCCACAAAACUGGCAUACCUAUCGCUGCGGUCGACAUAUCCCCCAACAAGACGCAUGCCAUUCUUGCCGGCAAGGAGAUCCUGAAAACCGUUCGAGUUGCAGACCGAAAGAUUACUGAAGAUCUGAAUCUCAGAUCUGCUGUCAUAUCCUAUGCCUCAGCCCAUGGCUCUCACAAUGGCACAGCCAUCGCCUCGCAACGAAGAGACUUUCUAUCCGCAACAGACGUAAAGUGGUCUCAUGCUGAAUACGACAGCAUCAUUGCUACGGCGGCAAACAAUGGUCGUUUAUCAAUAUACGAUGUGAAGAGGCCGGAACAAGAGCUCCUAUGGCUGCACGAGCACACGCGGCAGAUUCAUACGCUUGGGUUUAACCCUUUUCAAGGCGCUUUACUGCUAUCAGGCAGUCAUGAUGGAACAGUCAAGUAUUGGGACCUGCGAAUGUCCAGCCGCGAAAAAUCAUCCCACACGCUGAAAAGUACAAAGCAGUUUUCGGGACGAGCCGAAGCAGUGCGUCACCUGAGAUGGUCACCUAUAGACGGGGUAGAAUUCAUCACAUGCACCGAUGGUGGGACAAUCUUUAAAUGGGACUCACGCAAGAUGGACCGACCAGAGCUGAGGAUCAAUGGACACGAAAAGGCCUGCUACUCCGUCGAUUGGCACCCUGAUGGCCGUCAUGUAGUGAGUGGCAGUGCAGAUAAAAAUGUUAAGGUUUGGGAUUUCAAAAACCCGGACCGAAGACAAAAGCCAUGCUUUCAAUUCCGAGCUCCACAGGUUGUUAUGAAUAUUCGUUGGAGGCCAGCCUCAUGGUCGUCUGCGUUGCACAGCAAAGGUGACUGGCAAAGUACCCAGCUCGCUGUUGGCUAUAAUGCAGACGAUCCUCGUGUUCAUAUUUGGGAUCUGCGCCGCCCAUUAAUCCCUUUCCGCGAACUAGAUAGAUACAACAGCCCGGCUACGAGCUUGUUAUGGUGCACCAAAGACCUACUCUGGACUGUUGGUAACGAAGGCAUGUUCACGCAGACAGACGUACAUUAUUCGCCUCAGCCACCGGAGCAGAUCAGUCCUUGCACAAUGGACUGGCUGCCAACAGGCGAGUACGUUGUUUUUACGGAGAAUCAAGGACGUCGCCGUUCGAUUGAAAGCGAUGAUCCACCGGUCGGCUCUCGCAAUACAGGUCGUGAUGACUUCAGCAGCGGAGAACAGGUUAUGACUAGCAGAAGCAUGACGGAUGACGAAGGAAUUCACGAGCAUCUUCUUGGACCGAUGUACAAGCGUGCACAAGCGAACAGAGGCUCGGUUCAAGCUGCCAGAUCACUGGGUAAUACCCCACCGUCGAGAGAUGACCCAAACACAGUAAUGCCUCUGGACAAGACUAUUUAUGAUGAGAAUAACAUGUUCCACAACGGACAGAUUGGAGUCGUUGGCAAGACGACAGGGGCCGCCAUAGAUCUACCUACGUUUCAAUAUCUGGCUGAAAAUUAUGCAAGACCUGCCAUAGAAGCAGAGAGAAAGCAAAACCCUGCAGAGAUCUUGAAACGUCUGGAAGAGGCUUUCAAGACCAACGGUGACGUUUGCGAUCAAGUUUCGAUGCAUAGACUCGCUCAGACAUGGCGUAUUCUUGGGGCUGUCAUUGUGCCAGAACUUCAAGCCUGGGCAGACCGGAACCGCCGUGAACGGUUGAGUCAGACCCUCAAAGGCUCGAGUCGGGACGAUGAGACCGACGGCCUUAUACCUGGAAUCCAGCUGCCACCUGGCAGCAGCAACGGAGCUGAACGGUUCGAAAGGCUGCUUGGAACAACUCAAGCAGUAAAGGGAGAUCGGUUCAAAGAGAUUGUUCGCAGCGAACGGGGAAAGCUGAACCAUGAAGCUGAGAGCACGUCGAAUAUGGCAACUCCCCUAGCAAGACCAAUGCCCGAUUCGAUUGUUCCUGGUCCUAGCAAAUCACCGCGUGCCUUGAGCCUGGAUGACCAUUCAGACGCAAUACCUCAAUUGCCUCUUUCAGUCAUAGCUGCCCAUUCGACCGCAGCAGUUGCUUCGCGAGUGUUGAGAAGUGACGUUGACAAGAGUCUGGGCACUGUAUCUACAGAUGACGCUCUGAGUCCGGAUCGACCAGGUGACGCGGCCUACGCUACUACGAAACUGCCUGAAGGCCAUAUAUCGACGCAAGCAAUUGGGCCACAGACUGUAAAGAGGUCGAAAUCAGAUUGGUUUUCAGCGGGAGAAUUUAGGAGUGGCGAUCACCAUCGUCGAGAGCAUAACAAGCGAGCAGCCCUGCUUGAUUACAAAGCUCAGCCAAAGACGAUCCUGCACUUUGAUAGCCCAUACGAGGAGACUGCUCAGAAAGGCCUAGCCAUCACCAGUAAUCGCCACAACUCAGCAGAGAGCCUUGAGAUGUUUUCCGAAUCCACCAGCGGCUCGCACAGAGCGAAGUCCCUCGUCUCGUCCGAGUCUACAGGGGCUAGCUACGAGAACAAGGCUUCCAUCGCUUCCGACGACUGGGCCUAUCACCACCGAGAUAGCCUCGAACCACAUUCAUCACCUGAGGAUGCCCAGAGACACAAUUCAAGGAUGAAAGAGCCAAGAGAGCAGCAGAGAAGUACCAGUCGGAAUUCAGACAGAUCAACCUCAUCAUUUCCAGACGCACCAUUUGAUUUCGAACAGCCACCUACGAAACACCAACCCCACGGUUGGGUGCGUGCUGUGAGUCGUUCCCCGCAGCCCCUGAAUCACCAGCGCUUGACAGACAGAGAACCAUCGCCAUCGCCAUCGCCAUCGCCCACUGCAGACGAGCUCCAGUCGCCUCAUUACGUCUAUACCGAUUUUCAACCCCUCGACCUUCAAGACUACUACAUCAACGACCAGGCGAAGCCCUGGUCUGCGCUACCGCUCGUUUCACAAAUGAUUGCUUUUGACCUCGAUCUUGGUGAAAACCAUGCGCAAUUCUCCACUCAUCUGCUCAUGCACAUUCAUCCGUUCUUCUUCCACCAUAAAUACCGGAAGAAGCAACCUCCUCCUGGCGCAUUGGCGCUACCUCAAACAGUCGCCGAUCGACUCCUUCAUCCCCAUCUCUCACAUCGAAUAAUUGAAUCAAUUUUCCAACAGCAUCAUACACUCCUAAAGUCCCUCUCUCUCCACCUCCCCGCCGCUGAGCUCCGCAAUCUCUGUGUCGAGUUUGAUAUCUCAUCAGUUUACCGUAGCCGCAUCAGGCCAGAUGAGGAUCCAGAGUCCUCCCUCAACGAUGGCUAUUCCCUCCAGAUUACGUGCACAAACCCGAACUGCUCUGCCCCUCUCACUUUCGAUUCCACCUCUUCAUACAUGAUACCCUUAUCAUGCACCCGCUGCUACACUCCUCGACCUCCCUGUCCUAUUUGCCUAAGCUUGCAACAUCCAUCACAACAACAAGCAACCCAGCUGUCUAGCAGACAUGCUGAAACAGCAGGAACCGACACAGCCGGCCCUGCGCAUCUCUGGACCUUCUGCCAAUCCUGCGGCCACAGCGCCCACAUGUCCUGCAUGGAGACAUGGCUCGGCCGAGCUACAAGCCAAGGCGAAUGUCCCAGCGCCGGAUGUGGACAUGAUUGCGCGCCGGGCGAGGUCAGAAGGAGAAGAGUUGCAGAUCUUGCCGCCGCUGCGGUUGCUGCUGCUGCUGUUGUGGUGGUGGUUCAAGGCGACAAGCAAACCACGGGUGAGGCUAAGGGUCGGAAUGAUGGUGGUGGUGGUGACAAGAGGAAUGGCGGAUCGUCGAUGAAGGAUACGUGGAGAGCGCCGCAGAGUGCGGCGGUGGAGAGAACGAGGGGCCUGCUGAGGAGCUCGGUUGCUUCGACGGCUGUGGGGACGGGGAAUGGUAGUGGGUCGGAAAGGGAGGUUGGGAGGGGUGGUGCUCCUGCUGCUGCUGGUGUAGGAGGAGGAGGUGGAGGAGGAGGAUCGCCCAUUGGGAGGAAAGUGGUUAGGUUAAUGACACCGGGAGAGGAGAUGUCCAGAGCUGUGGACGAGCCAAUUCUUUCAUGA